UCAGACGCUAAAUCCAAUCACUGUAAUCGAUCUCGAUUUCUUUAGCAUACCUAGAUCUAAAUUUGUUCUUUAGAUUCAAGAGGCUUGAUUUGAAACCCUAACCCUAGAGAGAUGGCGACGGAAGAACCAAUUGUGGCGACGGAGCCUGCAGCUCCGGUGAUCGAGACAGCUGAGACUCUGACACAGGAGGAAAAACCUGAGAUCCAGGAAGCUGAAGGAAAACCGAAGAAAGCUAAGAAGACAUCAGCGAAGGGGAAGCCUAGAAAUCCUUCUUUGCACCCACCUUACUUUGAGAUGAUCAAGGAAGCCAUUGUUACGUUGAAGGAGAGGACUGGUUCUAGCCAGUAUGCAAUCACGAAGUUUAUUGAAGAGAAGCAGAAGAAUCUUCCGGCAAAUUUUAAGAAGGUGUUGUUGACUCAAUUGAAGAAAUUCGUCGCUGCUGGUAAACUGGUUAAGGUGAAGGCAUCUUACAAGCUACCGGCAUCUAAAGCUCCGGCAGCAGCUGCUCCCGCAAAGAAGAAGUCUGCUGCUAAGCCGAAGCCCGCCGCCAAGCCUAAGUCUGUCGCGAAAAAAGCGCCUGCUAAGAAAAGCACCGCUGCCAAGCCAAAGCCAGCUCCGAAGGCGAAAGCCGCAGCGAAGCCGAAGUCAGCUGCAAAGCCUAAGCCGGCUGCGAAAGCCAAACCUUCUGCUAAACCGAAGGCAUCGGCUCCAAAAGCCGUAGUAAAGCCAGCUGCAAAGCCUAAAGCUGCUGCUGCCAAGGCUAAACCGAAGCCUAAGACUCCAACGAAACCGGCUAAAGUAGCAAGGACGGGCACAAGAUCUACACCGGGUAGAAAACCGCCCGCGGCUCGAAAACCUGUGCCGAAGAAGACACCGGUGAAGAAGGCAGCCGUGAAAAGCUUGAAACCAAAGGGAGCGAUAUCAAAGAAAACCGCUGCAACUAAGAAGGGGAAGAAGUGAGAGGAGAGGAAGAUAAUAGUACAUUGGUCUGUUUUUAGGGGUACUUUGUGUAAAAUGUUAUCCUUGGUGCAUCUUAGAUUUCUGCAUGCCCAGUAAUAGUUUAUAGAGUUGCUUAGCUAAUCAAUCAAUCGAUCUUUUACUUUAUAGUCCUCCAUAAUCCCCUUUUCUGAUGCAAAUAUAACAAUGUCUUUGAUCUUGCGUC